AUGGUUUUCGAGUCUUUGAUCGUGGACUUGAUAAACAGAUAUCUGGGGUCUUAUAUUGAAACACUGAAUGCAUCUCAGUUAAAAAUUGGGCUUCUUGGUGGAAAUGCUAAACUGGAAAAUCUGGAUAUUAAAGCUAAUGCUUUCGAUGACCUGAAUUUACCUGUAAAGGUUUUACAGGGUCACAUAGGUCUGUUCUUUGACAUUGAAAAUUCCAUCAAAGAAAAAGAAUACGCUAGGGAGGCGAAGAAGAAAGAACUACGAGCCAUCGAAGAAGCGCGUACGUACAACUUAUGCGUUCCUUACCAUCCAAAAAGCGAUUCUUUCGGUGAAAAGUUGGCAGCGCAAAUAGUGAAAAAUCUUCAAAUCGACAUAAGAAACGUCCAUAUACGUUAUGAAGACAACUGCAGUAUACCCGGACAAAUUUUCUCCCUUGGCAUCACCCUCAUCCGGAAAAUCCAAAAACUGGUUUCAGUUAUUGUGAGUUCCUGUACCAUUCAUAAAGUUUAUCCACUUGCAGUAUUGUGCCCAAUUUCUUCUACGGCCAUGCUCCAUGUCCACACGCGUCCUGAAGAAACAGACUUCACAGUUCCGCAACUGGAUCUAUCAGUUGAUUUUUCUGAAAUCGACCUGAAUUUCAGUCUUCAUCAGUAUCAUGAUGUUACGUGCUUUUUGGACGCCACCGAUCGAAUUAUUACACAAAAUAAGUACCGAAAAUAUCGACCCGAAUCGCCUCUUCGUGGCAAUUCUCCUAUGUGGUAA